CCAGUGACUGCACAGUACACCCACACUCUGACUGUGACUACUGCAGGAGAAUACACUUGUACUGUGUCUAAUCACAAGCCAUCAUCUGCUUCCUCUACAAUCUUUGUAGCAGUUGCAUCGCCUCCUACUGGUGUGACAGCAGUCCGUGGUCCCACUAGUAUCACAGUGACCUGGACUCCUCCCUCUCCACUGGGAGAUACCACUGGCUACAGGAUCUCCUACACCACAGGCAGUGAUGUGGAUAUUGAUGUUGGCUCUACCAACAGCUACACUCUGACUGGUCUCACCAAUGGACAGACAUACACCAUAUCCAUUGUUGCCACAUCAUCUGGUUUACCUAGUGCACCGUUGGUGGUCACGGUUAGUUUAGUUCCAUCAGCUCCAUACAUUGACUCAACUCCAACAGUCACUGCCACUACUGUCACCAUCACUGGUAGUGUCCCCAGUGACUCGGUGGUGACUGGCUUCUCAGUCCAGUGGCAGAGAGACACCUCACGUGGCUGUUCUAAUGAGGAUGAGGGAAGCAUUAUCACGACUGGCAGCUUCACUAGCUAUACAAUAACUGGACUAGAGGAGGGGAAUAGGUACACCAUCACUGUGAAACUCUUUAAUGAUGCUGGUAGAGGUCCAGUCAGUAACUCUGUUACUGCAAAGACCACUGAAGCUGCUCCCAGUGGUUCUCCUGCCUCAAUCACAGUGGGUACACUCACUGCUAACAGUGUCACUCUGCAGUGGGGAGAGGUGGCCUGUCUUGAGAGAAAUGGAGAGAUCACUGGCUACACAGUUACUGCAGCAAACUCAGAUGGAGUGGUGAAAGGAACUGCUAGUGUUAAUGUAGAUGCUAGACAAGCCACAAUCUCUGGACUGACUCCAUCCACACAGUAUACUGUGUCAGUGGCUGCAGUCAAUGGUGUUGGUACUGGACCUGUCACUACCCUCCCUGUAGAGACUCAAGGUGAGAGGUUGAAGUCCAUUCCAUACUGUGCUAUU